AAAGUUUCAGUCUUACGUGAAGAGCGCUGAGAGAAAGGUGUGUCCGUCCGAUCUUUGUAUAUGUGUAUAUGUGAGUUCGUGCGUUGAUCCUCUCCCGAGUUGUUUUCUUGUGGUAUGAACUCUUCAGGUGUACCAGUGCUGUGUCUUCCGAUAUGAUCAACAAGUUUAGAUACAAAAAGCCCGCGACGGUCGCGGUGCAGCAACAGGAGCAGCAGAAACGACAGCAGUCGCCGAUCACAACCGCGAAUACAACAGCACCGGUUAUUAUCGAGGAUAACAACAAUAAGGAUAUUAUUAUUACUAACGCAUCGAACGGCCACAGCGUCAAUGAGGAUAAUUUGAUUAAAGGAUUCAGAGAACUCUUCUCGCAACUCCAGUUCAGCCAUGAGACGGCUUUGCCACCCGACGCCCUUCGAAGGGCGCUCGCUGAAAGCUUCUUCGACCAGCAAAGGUUUCAGCUGGGCUUCAUGGACGACGCCGCCGAGUGCUUCGAAAAUAUGCUGCUGCGGAUCCAUAUGCAUAUCGCGCAUGGUGAAGCCGAGGAUAUGUGCAACGCUAGACACUGCAUUCCGCACCAGAAGUUCGCCAUGACUUUGGUGGAGCAAAGCAUCUGCGGAGCGUGCAACGCCACCUCUGAACCUCUAUCCUUUACUCAGAUGGUUCAUUACGUGUCCGCUUCCGCUCUCACAACACAGGUCAGGCAGAGCAUGAAUUCUACCAAUAUCGGGAUCCAGGAUACUUUUGGGCUUUUGCUCAAGAAGGCCGGAAGUAUGGGCGAUAUCAGAGAUUGUCCCAGCUCUUGCGGCGCGAAGAUUCAAAUCUGCCGUACCCUGAUGAACAGACCGGAAAUAGUUUCCGUGGGCAUUGUAUGGGAUUCGGAGCGUCCUACUCUGGAGCACAUCAUGGACGUCUUCGCCACAGUCGGUACAACGCUGAGACUAAGCGAUGUCUUCCACAGCGUCGUCGAUAACAGAUGGGCUGAUAUGACCACUCACAAUUUGGUCGGAGUCGUGACUUACUACGGAAAACAUUACUCGACGUUUUUCUUUCACACGAAGCUGAGGGUGUGGAUCUACUUCGAUGAUGCGACCGUUAGAGAGGUUGGGCCUAGGUGGGAUCAAGUCGUUGAGAAAUGCAGGAGAGGAAGAUAUCAACCUCUUCUACUUUUAUACGCGGUCCCGGGAGGCAGUCCUGUUUGCACGGAAAACGCUCCUAAACAAAUAACGCCUUUUAAUGGUAACGACAACAAAAGGACUCUAAGGAGAUCGAUUACCCCGAGUCCCGAGAAACCAAACAUUGGUAACACUCGAAGAGCCAUAACGCCCAACCCAGAUAGGACUUUGGCGCAGACGCCACCUCUCCUAAAGAAUUUGAACGAAUAUCAAAACCUUUCGGUUAUACAAGAUAAUAUUUACGGAUUGAACGGUGUUGAUGAGGUCGAUGGUGAUAUGGGCAAAGAGGCUGAAUACAUAACACGUAAAACUGUGGAAAACGUCUUAAGCAUGCAACAAUUCGCUAAACCGCAGGUGAACAUCCACAGAACGUUGAGUAAUAGCUCAUCGAAUACGGAUGGAAUUAAUAUCCCAGAACAUCUUAACGUAGCGAGGCGAAGAGAUUCCGGUAAUUGGAGCGGAGAUAGGAAUAGCGCCUCGUCCUCAUCAUCAACAACGAUGGAAAAUCCGUAUUUGUAUUUGGUGGGUAAAAUGCCACAUGGGAAUGGAAGUCUCCCAGGAAGCCCAACCAGAGGGAAGAGCGACUGUUCAAGCGGAAGCAGCGGUGUCUACGAUGCCGGAUACGAUUCCUACUCGUUAUCCUCGAACGAUAGUUCUACCAUGUCCACGAUUCAGCAUUUAAUGAAAAUGGGACACUUGGCCAAAAUCCCUGAAGACUACAGCAAUGUCCAACAGCGCGUCUCGAUGCCCAGCUGCGAUGAACUUUGCGACGAAGCCGAUGAACUGUUAAGCACAUCUCGGCAAUUGGAAGAUAAGCACGAUUUGGUCUUAGCUUUGGCUUUAUGCAACGCAGCAGCAACAAAGGCCAGAGCUGCAAUGAAUGCGCCUUACAAUAAUCAGCAAACUCUCACAUUGGCGAUGAUGAAACAUAGCACUUGCAUAAUGCGCGCAAGAAGUUUGCAUCGCAGGAUGACUCAAACGCAGAAUCCAGCACCUAAAGAGAAUCCCAUCGAGAUUCGGCAUACGCGCGAAGGAAGCAGCGGAAGCGGACGUCAUUCGCGGCAGAAUUCCCGCGAGAAGGGCAUGCAUUCACGGCAAAACAGCAGGGAACUCUUGAACGCACUUCCGGUGUCUCAACCGGAAAAGGCUCCCAUUAAGAACAUCGAGAUUUACGCGACUCUGCCCAAGAAAAAAGACUUAAAGAAUAAGAUGAGCAGCGUGAACAUUGAAGAUGAGGAGUACAUGAUUUACGACAAACCGCCGGAAAGGGAAACGCGAAGUAUUUUUUCGCGGUCUCGCAAUAAGGAAGCUAACAAAAUUAAGGAAAAACGGUCCAGGAGUGAGGACAGGUUGAAAUUGUCCAAAGAUUUCUCGUUAGCGCCGGAAACCUUGUCGAACACCAAAGAUACUCUAAAACGCGAGAAGAACAAGGAAGAGAAGGAGGAUAAAAAAGAUAAAAGUGGAAAGAAGCAGCACAAGAUCAGGAGGAAAUUAUUGAUGGGCGGUUUGAUUAGGAGGAAGAACAGAAGUAUGCCGGAUUUGACCGAAGGAGGGGAUAAGGUUGAAGAGAAACCGGUUUCCGUGGAUGAUAGUGGUUUAGGUGUACAGAAAACGGAGACAAGCACCAUCAGUGGGUAUUUGUCGGAGGGACACUUGGAGUUCAACAGCACCAAUCCGAAUCUGGAGCGCAGUAAGUUGAUGAGGAAGAGCUUCCACGGGAACGCCGGAAAGGUGCUGACGGCCGCCAAAGUUCCGCCGCCUCCGCCACUCAGAACGACUUCCCAGCUUAGCAAGUCUAAGUUAUUAAACGGCGGAGAAGAAGAGAAGAGUGUGCGACCCAUGUAUUCGCUUCCGCAAGACACCAACUACUAUCAGAACAACUACGAGAUCUACCAGAAUCACAACACAGUGAUCAACACGGUGAUAACUACGGCCGACGUCCAUCAGGAGCAGAGUCCAGCAAAACAGCCCUCCUAUCAGAUCGAUAGCGGAGUAGACGAAGUCGAUUGCUUCGUCCCAAGUAUGGAUUUACCUCCUUAUCCGAGUCCGGCAGUUUCCGCAAUGCACUCGCGCCAACCAAGCGAAGAAUUCCCUCCACCUCCGCCACCUUUGGAUCUAAGUGCUUUAGAUGAAUAUCUCCCAUCGCUCGAAGCCACUCCUAACUCGCUUCUAGCACAACUGCAAAAUAAACGGCAAGAGAUACUCUCGCAAGACCAUUUGCCUCACACAGAAGUGAAACAGUCGAGUGGAGAGAAUUGGCUAAGAGAAUUGCAGGCCAAGCAAGCAGCUUUACGAAUGAAAAGAAACGCUGAUCCGAACGUGGAUCCCAAUCAGCAAAUGAUGAUAAAUAAAAUUUCUUGCGAGCCGAUCCAAAGCGAAGCCAAGAUCACUUCCGUUAAAGACUUAGCCUCGCGUUUCGAAAACAUCCCUGAAACGAAAUACGAAGCGGCUCAAUAUUUCCAAAACUACAAAGCCGACAAUACCGUGCAGACUGGCGUUUUAUCGUUGAAGAAACGUGAUGAAAACGACACUAGCAAUUUCGUAGCACCCGAGCAAAUCGCUCAAGAGAUCAGAGAAGUUGAAAUGUUGAACGCUGUCGUGCAGAAAACUCUUCACCCUGAAGAUAACGAUAGCAAGAGGAAAUUGGCUAAGAAGAAAAGCGUUUCGUUUUGCGAUCAAGUUAUCUUGGUGGCUACAGCUGAAGAGCAAGAGGAUGAUAGUUACAUACCGAAUCCGAUUUUGGAGCGGGUCUUGAGGAGCGCAAUCCAUAAACCGGAAGCAGCUGCAAUUAGACAGGAGAUCAUGUCUUUACGCGAGAUUGAGAUGAGAAAGGAAAACGAUGAGAAGGAGGUGGAAGAAGAACCCACGUAUGUUGGAAAGAUGAACUAUGUGGAUCAACAAACUUAUUCGCCGCAACAAGAUGUGAGGAGGAUGCCUCAAUACAAUGGAGAGCAAAUUAACUACAGCCCACAGCAGCCACUACAGCAGCAGCAGCAACAACAGAAUUAUCCGCCGAUGAAUCAGAUGUACGUGAGACAAAACUCUCUUGACAAUCUUCUGUCGAGACCGGCGGGCAUGCAGACCAGUUUGUCGCGGGAGGAACGCGAUUACAUCAUUCAAAACCCGCCGCAGAUGGAUCAAAGGUACCAACAGUUGUAUGGGACCAGUCCUCAGAACAAUUACAGACAGUACAAUAGGUACCAGCAGCAGGAGCAGUACGCCCAAAUGCAGAAAUAUCCGGUGCGACAAUCGCCGACCCUCAACUAUCAGCAGGCUCCGAUUUACCAGCAUCCCCCGUCUCCUUCACCAUCCACUCAGAGCUACAACAAUCAAAGGAUACCUUACCAGUACCCACAAUAUCAAAGAGUGCCGAUGCCCCAGGAUUAUCCCGCCCAACGACCGCAGAACAUCGCAGAUCCUAAUUCAACAUCUCCUUACCAAAGAAUCCCACAAGAUUACAACGAUAAUUCACCUUAUCAACGCGUCCCUCCCCAAAACUUUCCACCGCAAGAACAGCAAACGUCCCCGUACCUACGAGUUCCUCCUCCCAACGGCUACAAGACUACCCCUGAACAGAUAUCUCCCUACCUGCAGACGCUCCCUCCCAAACAACUCUUAAAGAAACAAGUCAGCUUCGAACCUGGCACAAAGGGCGGCGCCGAAUCGCCGACGCCCAAGGCCAUUGUCACCCCAAUCAUUGUCAACAACAACAUGAACAAUAAUAUCAACAACAACACCAACAUCAUGAACAACGUGAACAAAGGUGUAAAGUGUAAUUUAUGUAGAAAAAAGACCGUCUCCUCCGCAACUCUCUAUUGCGCGGACUGCGAAUUUUACAUGUCUAGAUUUAAGCCCAAAACGUAGCGCCCUAAAUUAGUAACAUAACUACAACUACUAUUUAAAUGAAAGGAAAAUUGUGAUAUUAUGUUCAAAUACAUUAUUUUUUUUUAUGUUAUAAUAUAUAGAUAUUAUUGUAUGUAAGAUCUCAAAUUCUCUAUUUGUGUACAUAUUACGUAAUUGAUAAGUAAAUGCAGCUACUUAAUUUUAUAAAUAACUAAUGUAAUUUUUAAGCUAAUCAUCAGAUGUUCUGAUUGGUUCUGAUGCUAAUUAAAAGAGGCGCCCACCGUUAUUUAAGAUGGACGAACGAACGGUGAUUCUGUCUCUGU